GUUGAAAAUAACUUACUAUUUAAAAUGGAUGAGGUUCUAGUUAUAAGUGAUAAUACUGAUUGUGGGGAAAAGAAAAAUGGACAAAAUUCGGUGAAAUUUUCUAUAGAUUCUCUAUUGUCUUGUAAUUCGAAAGAUUCUGAAAAACAAACUGUAAAUAGUGAUUGUAUUCCCGAAGUGAGAGUUAAUAAAGAUUUUUGUUUUGAUUUUGGACAAAGUACUUCUAGUGCAUGCAGCGAUGGUAGUGAGAAUACAGCGAGUUCGUCUGAAAGAGUUAGACGAGAAAAUGACAAUGUAGUUUCCACGACUACGGGGGAAUUACAUCCAAUGCGACUAAGUGAAGAUUUAAGUUACUCAGAUUGUAAAUCAGACGAUGAGCGAAAGAAACGGCCUAGAACUGCAUUUACAGCAUCACAAAUCAAAUCAUUGGAGGCAGAAUUUGAAAGAAAUAAAUACUUGUCGGUGGCCAAACGAUGUCAGUUGUCGAAAACACUUAAAUUAACAGAAACGCAGAUAAAAAUUUGGUUUCAAAACAGAAGAACAAAAUGGAAAAGAAAAUAUACGAACGAUAUUGAAAUAUUAGCCCAGCAAUAUUAUAACUCCAUGGGUAUAAUGACGCCUAGACCAAUUUUUUUGGGAGAUAGACUAUGGUUUUUCAACUAUCCUGGACAACCAGGCCUUUCCAGUGCCCAACCAGGACUCCCACCAAAUAUGCUACCAAUUCCUCCAGGUCCACCGAUGGGACCUCAAAUGCCUAUCCACCCGCAAAGGCCAUGCAUGAGAAACUAUGUCGAAUAUGCACAAGAGCAACCAACAGAAAUACCUCCAAUGCUUCAGUUACAAAACUUUGGAAGACAAUUUGAAAAUUCGUGA